AAUUUUAAUAUACAGUUCACUGUCAGUCCAUGGUAUCCUAACUUUGUUAGUUAUUGUAUUUACAGAUGCUUCCCAUAAUGAUACAUUUUUCAUUACCACUUUUUUUUUUAUUAAGGAGAAAUUUAUAGAUAACAUUUCACUUCUAUUCAGGCCAGUAACGCAACAAGCCGGAAACCAAGUGACUAUGAACUGCUGACCUUGGAGCAUGUGUCCGGUAUGACAGACAACUUGCUUGUUAAACUCUUCUCUGAAUUCGAGUCUAAUGAAAUGUGGAAGAGAUUCACAUACACGUGUGGUAUGCUUCCUGCGGCCUGCUCCAAAUACUUCCAAAGCUUUGGAAGUGAACACAAGGCACGAUCAGGCAUGAAAUCUCACCUUCAAGCCCACCUUAAAAGUCUUCUGGAAGUUCACAAAAGUACACAGAGUCGCCAAACAUAUGUACUCGAAUCCAUUCCAGCAAGAAACAGAAGACUGGCGCAACAAGAAGGUUCAGGCUCACGGAGACGCAACUCGUCAAGUAGUAGUCGGGGCUGCAAAUCUGUAGGAUCACCAAAAACACAGAUUCGUAUUGGAGACAUUUCCAGUAAAGGCAAAAAAGCAUCCACUAUUACAAUGGAAAAAGAAACUGAAUAUUUUAGAAAGAAAGAUGGGAUAGGAAUAAUAGACAAGAAAAAUGGACCAUCUCCUCUAAGAACCAGUGGUGUGGAAAUAGCAGAUGCAAGAACAAUUCAUGAUAUUUCAGUAACUAACCCGAAGCAGGCCAAGAGAAAACUAGAAAGGGCAGGGAAAGUUCGUGCCAAAAAGGUCAAGAGUCUGGAAUCUGAAGUGCUUCCCAGCAAUGACAUCAAUGACAAUAACAACAACUCUGAUAUGAAAGUUGAUGUAAAGGAUGACAGUGUGGAAGCUGCAAGUCAACCAAUUCAACAAGUAGUUUCGCAUGAUCACGGAUACCUGAAAGCUGCACCAUCUAGCAAAUGUGAGGGGAUUGUACAGGAUAAGGGAGAAGUGUGUUCUAAUGAUGAUCCUCAAGGGUUCACUGGUCAGGAACCUUGUCAGGUGUCAUGGAGUUCAGGCAGCUACAUUAACGGGUCUGUUGGUGGUGUUUACAUCAAGGAAAGCCCUCCCGAGGAUCUUUCAACUCUUCUUCAUCAGCAUAUGAACCAGGAAUUAUGUGGAGAGAUGAUGGCACAAGACUGUGGGAAUGCUGGAACACCUCUGCCAGUUGUGGGAUGCGAGGUGGAAUUUACACCUGAUCAGCAGUACAAGAUAAUGCGCUCAGCGGACUUGCCAGUUGUGUAUGAUCACAACAAUCCAUCUGCAAGUAUUCAGACUGUGGCCAAAGUAAUAGAAAGGGAUGAAUACAAGGUGCGAAAAAAACCCAAAGGACGUGCUAAAUUCAUUGGGCAAAGCAAGGCAGAAAAGGAGAUGGCUCUGAAGCUAAUUACGGAAAUAAGAUCACAGUCUGUUAUGGCUCUGGAUACUCUCGAAUGUAAGAUUUGUCAUCCGCCCCGUCUGUUCACUGCUCCGUCCACACUUCUGUCCCAUUACCGCAGUCAUGCAGGUAUCCGGCCAUAUGAAUGUCGAAUCUGUGAAGCAGUGUUCACACGACAGCACUCGUUAAACUAUCACAUGUUAAUCCACACCAAUCAAACACGUUUUACCUGUGUGGAUUGUGGCCGCAAAUUUCGUCAUCCUUCACACUUCAAAGAACACCGUCGCCGUCAUACUGGAGAGAGUCCAUACGAGUGUUCAGAUUGUUUGAUGAGGUUUAAAACACGGAAUACGUACAAACGACAUCUGAGAACACGGCAUGGGAAGCUAUUAACCACCCAGGGAGCUAUCAUAAUACUUUCACAAGAGGAAGCUGACCGCAUGAAGAAGACACAAGGACGUAAGCCUCGCAGACCUCGUCAGCCUCUAAAGAUUAUUAGUCCUGAAGCUGCUGCGCAGAUGGAAGAGGAGCAAAUAUGGACUGACUUUGAAGAGGGUGAUCGUGAGGAAGAGGAGGAGGAGGAGGAGGAUGACGAUGAUGAAGAAGAAGAGGAGGAGGAGGAGGAGGAAGAUGAGGAGGAGGAGGAUGAAGAUAGCUGUCAUACUGUGGAGUCACUUCAUUCAGGUGAUAAUGUAAAUGUUGGAAGUUGUCAGAUGUCAUCUAGUACUCUAGUACAUGCAUUGGGGGUUCAGCAGAUAACCAAUGGCAAAACGGGUCUGCUUGUUGGGCCCAAGAAAUUAAGUUCAUCCAAGAAUCCUGUUAGGUCUAAUCAUGUAGGGGUAAAUAACUGGGAAAAUCCAUUACCUGUCAUCUCUCAUGAAAAGAUGGAUGACAUAUUUUUGGAAGAGAGAGUUGAGGAAGAGGUUGUAACGGAGGAAGUUGCUCUAGAUGACUUGCGCACCUAUGUCUUCCAGCCACCUUCAGAUCAUAACUCAUUGCCCAAGGUUAAUAUAAGAUCAUCGUGGAAUACCCUUAAUAUUGACCUUAAAAGUUUAGAAAAGGCUACUGAUCCUGUUGGUAUGCAAGACAACAGUAUCAUAGGUGGUAGUGUGACAGAUACCAAAGAUAAUAUUAAUGGCCAGGUGACAGAAGCAUCACCCCAAAUGGUUGAAGAUUCAAUGGAAUUUGUGGGAGACCACAUAGCCCCAGAGGAAGUAAUAACAAUUUGUGCUGGUGUGGAAAGUCCUAGCGACGAACCAAUGAUGUCACCUGUGGGCAUACAGCAUUCUGGAUCAGGUAAAAAUGACUGGUUUACAGUCAAAAAACCCCUUAAGUGUUAUGGAAGAUCAGGAUAUAAUAUGUUGGAACCUGUUGGCAGCAUUAAUUCAGAUGGCAUGGCAGUUACUUCAACUACUGGUCCUGAUACCAACAUUGCUUUAAAUGAUGGUCAGGGAGUGUAUGUUGUUGAGUAUGUUCAGGGUCGAGAUGGACGGUUGGCUAAGGUUUAUCGCACUAGUUCUUCAGUGGUAAUUAGAAAUAAUCACCUGCCCUCUCAGACGUGCACUAUAUCUAGUGCAAAUAACUUCAUUAGUAAAGGAACAACUGUGCCAAUUACUACUGUGACUAGUACUGCAGUUCAGUCUGUUAUUUCUUCUAACUCUUUCACUACCUCAGUUAACAAUUCUGCUAAGUUGAUAAUUAGAGGAGCAGCUAGGGAUGGUAUGAAGCUUCAGACUGUAGGUAGUAUUCAUAAUGCAGGAAUUACUACUAAUGCUUCAGCAAGAACCAUGAGUGGUAAAAGUAUACCUUAUUCUGAUAAUAAGGUAGUUGUAAACAAACAGGUUGUGAACAAUGUUGUGCUUAACAAUCAUAUUGUUAAGAAUGGUAGUCUUGUGAGUGUAAGCUGCGGGGAACACUUAGGAACUUCAGUGAACUCUAAUCCCUCAACACCUAUAGUCAUUACUUCUGUGCCUUGCAUAACAGAGUCUCAAAAUAUCUUGAAUAAUCAGAAUUUGUUACCUUGGUCUUCACAGAUUAUGAAAGGCACCAAUAGGUUGUCAGCUGCCUGUGUAAAUAGUAAGGAAAGGAUACUAUUAGAGAAAGAAAUUGUGUCAGAUAUUAAAAAUCAGCUUGACUACCCAAUAGUUAGUAAAGAAGUAGAACCAUUAGUCACAAUGAAAAAUGAAUUAUUUUUAGGAAAUGUUGAGAUUAUUGACCAUGUGGAUGUAGGUAACAGCAUAGUUUCAGUAACUGGGAUAGUUGAUGGGGAUGAGCAGCAAGGAGGGCAAAAUGUUUAUGUUAAUAUGCCACAAGAAUAUUCACAGAAAAGUUCAGAGCUCUUAGCUCCUAAUUCUAAGGUUAAAGUCGAGGAGGUAAGGCCUCGUGGGUCAGCUAUUUCAGACACUACUACUGAAUAUGCCGAUCAGCUCCUGCGUGAACAUGAAAAUCCCAAUAUUUAUAAUAUUACUGAUGUCUCGCCACCAACUGAUUGUUCACCAGGCACACCUGUACUUACCCUUUUACCUUCUCAGCCCUUAACCCAGCAUAGACCUACUAACCACAGUAAUCUCUCUCUUCUUACACCUGCUCUCCAGAUUUAAUUGUUCUUAUGAUGCUGACCAUGGCAUUCAGUAUUUUCUUUCUAAUAUGCCAAUUUACAUGUUACCAUAUUUAAGACAAGGUCAGUAUAAUAUCUUUUUGGAAAUGUGUUUUCAUAAGAUUAUCAUUACUUUUAAACUUAAAGAUAAUUCUUUUCUCAAGCCUUUUGUGCAAAUACUUUACCAUGCCAAUGACUGAGAUAUUUGUUGAGGCCACUUAAAACCUUCACUGUUCCUUACCAGGGUAAGCAUAUGCAUAAUGCCUUAUAAAAAAAAUUACAAGUUUGUCAAUUAUUUUAUUGUAAUUGUUGGACAAAAAAAUAGUUAUCUUAUUCAGUAAGAAUUAGUAAUGAUUAGUGGAAAUAGGUGGAACAGCAGCAGCAUUACCCCUUAAACUGUCCAGACGUAGCUCUACGUUUGUGUGUAGCACUCCAAACAUAGAUCUACAUUUUUUUUUAUAUAAAGCAUGUACAAUAGCAAGUUCAGAGUGCUAUGCACGUGAACAUAGAUCUAUGUUUGGACAGUUUAAGGGUUAAGUAGCAACUUUCACUGAUGAAAAAUAUAUCUUGAGCUUAACAAGUUAUCUUGUGUAGAUUAACAAAUGAGCAACUUAGUGGGAGAAACAGCACUCAAAUUAUGUCCACAUUUAUAGAAAUUUAUCCAAAUCAUUGACAAAGCUUCCAUUUUUAAAUCUUUUAAUACAUAUAAAAAUAACCUAGUCCAAUCUGUAACACUUCAUAAGUAAUGUAUUUUUUAUACAUUUAUGAAAGCUUGCUUUAGAUUAAACUGAAGCCUUAAAUGUAUGUAAACAGCUUAAUGCAUGCCACUGCAUUUUAAUUAGGUUAUUUGUGAAUUAUUUUAUUUCUUUUCUGAUUUGUUCCAGUCUUUUUAACUUUAAUACUUAUUAUAUGGCUGAAAUAGAAUUUGAACUAUAAGCAGGGAGUAGUGGAUGCAUGUUGAUUAAUGCAGAUGUAACGUCUCUCUAAUAGUUCUUAAGCUCACCUGGGAAAGCCAUACCCAGAAACUCAUUUUCUGUGUAUCAUGCCAAUGUGAUGUGCAUGUUGCAUUAACUUCAUGGUUAUUGGUUUUGCUCACUCUGACACAAGUGAAUGGGUUCUUGCAUUGUAUGUAUUGGAAUAUAAAUUUGUACAGGGAGUGUUUGUAUUGUUACUCAUUAUUGAACUAUGUCACUGGGGGAAAAUCUUGCAUGUAAAUGUCAUUUGGAAUUGGAUCACUUGUUUUUCUUUCUUACAGCCUUGUUUAUGUGGAAUUGUACAUUGAAAUGAAAGUUUUCCAUUUAUAAUAUUGUAUUAUACUAAGCACUUGAUGAAAUAUCCCACCAUGAAUAGGAUUUUGGAUAAAAAUUUGUCUGGCAUUUUGGCUGCCAUACAAUGUUGAUGUCAAAAGUAUUAAAAUGGACAUCAGAGGACCAUGUUAUCAGGAAAGUGUAAGGAAUCUGAGUUCGUGGGAGUUUGCUGUUUGCAGGUAACAAAGUCUGGAAGGUUCUGAGAAGUUGCAGAGGUUGGUAAGAGUUUGGAAUUGUGUCCUAAGAGAAAAGAAUGAAAGUAAGAUUAAAGGAUGUGAAUGUA